AUGCGGGUGGGGGGGGACACAGUGUGGAAGCUCUCCCUAGGUCAAAACCGAAGUCUUCAAGACACAACUGUGCCCAGAUUUAUAGGUGACCCACUGCAAAAUUCAACCAAGUGGGUGACUUUUUUGAGUCCAACACUUUGCGACGGUGUUUCAGAGCAGCAAGCUAAGAACAUACCAGGAGGAAAAAUCGCCAACUCUUUCCCAGUAAUCUACUCACUUUUAUUCUUCAACCUGAUGUAUUCUGUGGUACUUUCUGGACAUCGAGAGUGGUGGCCACCAUCAGGAUCUUUUAAGGUGAAAUGUCCUUAUAGAAAAGUAGACUUGAGUUGGUACUCUAGCACAAUGAAUCCAUGCUCAGAUGUACAUCAACCCAUCUGUGGCACAAAUGUCCAAACCUAUGACAACCCCUGCAUCUUGUGUAUUGAAAGCAUGUGAGUAUCAUUUGGGGAAGAGAACAUUGAAUAAGUUCACUCCACAGAAAUUACUGUCUACCCUUCCCACCAAGCAUGUUAGCCUUGAAUGUAGGAAUUUGUUCAAGUUUGGACAGAUAAUAAUCAGGCCUCACUCAGAAGAGCAUAUGGUAAUAGAAAUCUCACUGG